AUGAGGGAGAUCCGGAAGAAGAAUCCACAUAUAUCACCCACGGAAUUGCAGAAGCAGGCUGAGUACGAGAUGAUAACAAGAGGUCCAAAAUCGCGUGCGUUCUACCGUGUACAGGCUACUAGACGUCUAAUUGGCGGUGGAGACAUCGUGAAGAAGCGAAUCGACAAAGAACAUAACAAAGCUAUCGACAUGUUGGUGCAGGCACAAGAGAAGCAAACAAGAGAAAACACACAUGCAAGAUAUUCUUUGAUCCAGCACAUUACACAGUACUCGAGAAUGUCGGAUCAUUUGACGUGGUUGUUGGCAGACGUAAAGCCUGAUUUGCAGAGCGGGGGACCAAAGAUGGUUCCAACCGUGAUGAAAAUUAGCAUCGACAUCGUAGACGACGACGUGUUCGAAGAAGACGAACAUUUCUACCGUCAUAUGAGGAACCUUCGUGUUCGUGACCAAGAAGACGGAUCUGGAUCCGUGGACCCGAUGACGAUCACGCCGGUGUGUUCUCGUUUGAGCACGAUCACUAUGAAGUUGUUGAAGAGUUGUGGUUUCUUGUCCCUCAGAGUUCAGCGGCAUUCGGGAGCCAGAGGAAAGGUUGUGAUCCCAUAUAGAACCUAUGACGGAUCCGCUAUUGGAGACAAGCAUUUCGAAGCCAGGGAAGGAGAAGUGACGUUCGAUGACAAUCAAACUGAAGCCUUUAUCGAAAUUGGUGUAAUGGAUACGGAGCAAUAUGAACGGUCGGACUACUUCUUCAUCGAACUCGGCCCACCCAUUUGGGCAAAGAAGAUGAGCGAUCUGAGCAAGGUGCAAGAACGAUUCCAACGUCGUAUGGAACAGAAGCGCAGAGCAUCUAUUGCUUCGGAAUCCAGAGAAAGCAGUGAACCAGGUUAA